AUGGAGCAUCGAUUUAAUGGUGGUGGCGGAGAAAAUCAAGCGCUUGAGGUUGAACAAGGUAAAGAACGGGUAGAGGAAAUCACGUACCCAUCAUCUCCUUCAUGGAGAACCCAAAAUUCGGGUUCAUUCUUGGAUCUACACAACUGGCAUCCCCAAUCGACGACUUUUAACCACAUGAAUAAUGGUUUUAACCCCAUUACAUACAACCACGAUUUUGAUGGGUUCGUUUUUUUUAUUUACGUUGAUGCAGGGAAAAGGGAUCUGUCAAAGAUUUGGAAUAUUGAAGAAGAAAGGAGUCGUCAGAGUUUUGAGGUUGGUGAUGUAUCGGAACCAUAA